AUGGAAGAGCGCGAGCAAGCCAGUGACUCAGCCCAGGUGUUUGAGGGCGUCUACAACAAUGCCAGAAUGAUACAUUUCCUCACAGCUGUGGUGGGCUCCACCUGUGACGUAAGAGUGAAGAACGGCAACGUGUACGAGGGUAUCUUCAAGACCCUCGGCUCACGGUGUGAGCUGGCAGUGGACGCAGUCCACAAGCGAGGCGAAGACGAGAGGCCCGCCCUGCCCCGGAGGGAGGAGAUCACCGACACCAUGGUCUUCAGCUCUUACGACGUGGUCACCAUGACCUGCCGAGACGUGGACCUAAACUACGCCACCAGAGACACGUUCAUAGACACGUCCAUCAGCUCGACCCGUGUCAAUGGGGAACACAAAGAGAAGGUGCUGCAGAGGUGGGAGGGAGGAGAUGGCAACGGAGACGCCUUCGAUUUGGAGAACGAUGCUUCCAACGGUUGGGAUGCCAACGAAAUGUUUCGUUACAACAAGGUGAACUUCGGCGUCGAGUCUACCUACGACUCCAGCCUCUCAAUGUACACGGUCCAUCUGGAGAGGGGCAGCACGGAGGGCUUCCGGCAGCGGGAGGCGCGUGCCGCCCGCAUGGCUAGUGAGAUCGAGUCCAGCCCCCAGUACCGUCAUCGCGUCUCGUUGGAGAACGAGGAGGGCAAGAGCGAGGAGGACAAGUACAGCGCAGUGGUGCGCGGUGGCGAGCGGGGGGGGGAAAGCCCCAGGGAGAGGGAGAAAGGCUGCGACAGCCCCAGCAUAGUCAGCAGGGAAAGCAAAUACAUUCCGUUACCCCAGCGAGCUAGGGAGAUGGGCGUGUCGGGGGGCAGCAUGCGAGGAGAACGCGAGCGGGCGGAGCGAGGCCCUGGAGGAGGAAGUGGCGGACCCCAAGGUCACAACCGCAUAAGCGCCGGCUACCGCUCAGCCCCUCCCUCCUCUUCCUCCCCCAAACCUCACCUGCCCUUGGCCACUGGUGGCCCCCAGCCCCCUCCCCCCUCUUCGGAGUGCAGCAGCCCCCUCUCUGGCCGAGGUUACUCCCCCCACCACUCCCAGGUCAGCCCUGGCACUGCCAGCCCCUACGCCCCUACCUCCCCCGGGGGUCCGGCCUCGGCCAACGCCACCCCCUCUUCAGCUAGUCCCCCCACCCCCCAUUCCAACUCGCUGUCUCUGUCGGACACUGGUAGGCCCGUCAACGGAGUGUCUUCCAGAAUGUCUCCCAAAUUACAGAGACCCGCCCAGUCAAACCGACCGGUCCGGACACCUAACUCACACACCCAGUCCACAGCCUCCCGCUCCCCGAAAUCUGUCUCGCAGGACCCAGUGCAGUACCUGGACACGUCAUCUGUCUCCAUGCCCGCCCAGAUAACAUCAGGCCUCGCCCCGCUCUUCCCCAUCGAUGUGAACGAGAUUCUCUGUAUGGCUGCCAAAGAACGAUCAGCAGAGAGUCCAGGCAACACGGAAGAUGGCAAGAGUAAAGCUCCCUCCAUUCAGCAAAGGUCACAAAUUGAAGAGCUGCGGAAAUUCGGCAAAGAAUUCAGGCCCAGCGGAUGUGGCUCCAGUGCUGCAGCGGUAUCUCCCUCUGACACGGCCAAGCCCUUUCCCUCGUACCCCAGCCCCGCCUCCUCAGACUCCAAACAGACCCUCGCCCCCCAAAGUACUUCCCAGCCCUCCGCUUCCCCCUCAGGGGACCCCGCCAAGGAACCCAGUUCCAGCGCAGCCGCCUCCACCGCCAGCCCCAUUUCAGACAGGCAAUCGGCAGGACAAUCCCAGUCAGCCAGGACCCCAGGAAGUGAGGAGUCCAGACAGAAGGCAGAGCGAGUGGAGGGUGUGAUUGAUCAAGUCAGGAAGUCAACUCUGAAUCCCAACGCCAAAGAGUUCAACCCAAACAAAAUCGCGCUCACUCUGACGAAGCCCAACCCUUCACCCACGCCCCCCCGGCCACCCCCUCCCAGCCCUGCGAUGGUGCUGCAGCACCCAGGCAGCCAGGGUCCCAUCUACAACGCCCCCUACCUCUCCUACAUCUCCCAGAUCCACUCUGUACAGCCUCCACAUAUGUACCAGUAUACCAUGUCUACAGUCUGCCAGGGGAAAUACCCCCGAGUCAAAGGCUUAGGGUUGGGGGCCCCCCGCUCGGACCAUGGCAACUCGGGCCCGCCGCAGGCCAUGCUACAGGCGGCGGCGUCUGCAGCCGGAGCCCCCCUGGUGCCGUCGCCCUACCCCCAGCCCUACCUGCAGUACAGCCAGCAGCAGGUCAUCCAGGCCAUGACGCCUUACCCUGGACAGCCGAUGUACUCCAUGCUGCAGGGCGGUGCGAGGAUGUUGGGCCAGGGAGGGAGUCACCCCCAGGCCAUGGGCCCUCCAGGGGGCCCCCAGUUCCCCGGCCAAGGUGAGGUGCCUCUGGUGCCACAGCAGGGUAUCUAUGCCCCACAGUUGUUCUCCCAUCACCAGGGUGCAGUGCACCAGCCCCGGCCCUCCAGCACCCCUACGUGUAACCAGCCCCCCCCUCAGCAGCAUGCCCCCAGCCCUGGACAGGUAACCCAGUCGGGACUCCAGUCUCUAUAUCACUCCGGGCCGCUCUCAGUCCCCACCCCCCCUAAUAUGCCCCCCGGACAAACAACGCCCCAGGGCUCGUUCCCCCUUCAGGGCUACAGCCUGCAUGGCCACCAGGGAAUCACGCACACGUACCCCGGUCUGGGGCAGAUAACACAGGCUCACGUCCAAGGGGCCAUGCAGGGACCCCACCACCAGGGCCAACACGGCCACCCGCAGGUAGUGAUGCUCCAGGCCCCGCCCCCCCAGCACGGCCUUGGACAAGUCUCGCAGCACCCCCAACACGGCCUCCAGCAAGGGGCCCACCAACACUUCUACAUAGGACAUCCACAAGCGAUGCAGGUACAGACGCACCCCUCUCCCUUCCACCUUCCUGGAAACUGAGCUCCUUUGUUCUCCCCUCCCAAAAGAACUGUCUCUCUGGAACGGUCCACCCCCCUCGCCCUCUGGACAUGACCACACCCAACCAAGAAGUGACGCAAUCACGUGACACAGUGAUGGGCUUGCAGGGAGAAGCGGCAAGACCUCAUUGGUCAGCUACACUUCUCAGCUUCAUCGUCGCUAAAGCCUCGGUUAUAGCCCAACUGAGGAUGAUGAUGAUAAGCAGCGCCAACAGAAGCCGCACCCAAUCCAAACCUUCGUCCCGUUCUCUCUUCCAGCUCCAUCCAUUUUAAAGACACGACCACGUGAGAUCAUCAUAGUGGAGAGAAAAGACAUGGACGCCAAACGAGCGAAGGACACAACGUUUGACAACAUCAAAUCGCUUUGAGACUGACUCCUUUAUAGUUUAAGUUCCUUGAUAUUGGGCGAAUGGACAGAAGAAAUACAAACACUUAGAAUUCGUUGAGUGUUGCAAAAAGGAGGAUUGAACAGAACGGCAUAAAAGAGGAGAUUGGAUUUUUACUUUAACCCGGUAUCAACCCACCCUUCCCCUUU